GUGUGUUAUAGCAGGUCUGUUUUUACUGUUGUAUGUUGUCACGGAUAUGUUUGAACCGCAGUGUGUUGUCACGGGUCUGUUUGGACCGCAGUAUGUUGUCACGGGUCUGUUUGAACCGCAGUGUGUUGUCACGGGUCUGUUUGGACCGCAGUGUGCUGUCACGGGUCUGUUUGGACCGCAGUGUGUUGUCACGGUUCUGUUUGGACCGCGGUUUUAUCCCUGCGCUUCAUCGGGAUAUUUUCAUAAUCGGAUUAUUAUGAUCGAUGUUCACUGGCAGGUCAUACAGUGUUAAUAUUUCAGCAGCCUAGGAGCUUCAUGGUCGCUCGAUGGUUUCCUUGCGGCCGGAUUCAAUGUCAAGCGUGGCAACUUUACACCGGCAGUAACUGGGAAUGAAAAGGUUACAGCGAGGAUCGGCCAGUCACUUGGUGCCCGUCCACUGUGCCGCGGGACCGCGGACUUCUAGCUGAAUGGGGAAUAUAAACCUAUUUCACUGUGGGGCGAUCGGCUCUUGCAGGAGACGUACUCUCUCCAAGUCGGGCUUUCCUACGUGUUAAAUGCCACUAUCCAUAAAGAUAAACCGUACAGGACGCUCGAAGCAAACUCCUGUAAACGCCUUUUCACAGAGAUAUAUUGCCUCGCACGGUUUAUAUAGGUUAAUGAAGGCAUUCAGUUUUAAUUAAUAUUUAAACAAACACACGGAGAGGCUUGUUUUUUGUUGUUGUUUGUUCUGUAAUUUUAAACAAACACACGGAGAGGUUUGUUUGUUGUUGGCUGUUCCGUUGACGCGGUCAUUCUUUGAUGGUCUUAUGUUCAUAGAAGAUCACCUUGAAGAUGAUGAGGCACCGCCUUUACAGCACAGUCCUUGUGCUCCUUGCUCUGCUCAGCCCCAGGGAUUCUCAGGCGGCAUCGCAGUGUGGGGGGGGGCAGGUCCUGACCAGCCAGGGGUGUGUCUGUCUGCACUGUCCACGCGGGCAGGAGCCCAGCCAGCCUUGCGGGAGAGCAGUGGAGGCGGACGGGGUCCAGCGAUGCCAGGCCUGCCCCGCGGGCACCUUCUCAGACGGCUAUGACGCGGAUCCAUGCCGGCCCCACCGCUCAUGCAGCGCCCUGAACCGCGUGCUCGUCUGGCCGGGCCGGGCCCGCAGCGACACCCUCUGUGGGCGCUGUUUACGCGGGUUCUCCAGCCCCACGGAAGUGACACCUGGAGGCUUCGAGGCCUGUGUGACAUCACCGCUGGAGCCGCUGGUGCGUGUGGCCCGCAGCAUGAGCAAGAGCCCCCCCCAUGCCAACACCACCAAUGCGCGCGGCACAGACGAGACAGCGGAGUACGCUGUGUUCGCGCUGGUGCCCGUCUUCUGCGUCACGGGGCUGCUGGGCAUUCUCAUCUGCAACAUCCUGAAGAAGAAGGGCUACAACUGCACUGGGGACAAAGAGGGCGGAGCCGCAGAGGUGGGCACACCCCAUAAGGAGGCGAGUUCCGGCCCGUACAUCGUGGACGACCCCAACGAAGACACCAUCAGCGUCCUGGUGCGCCUCAUCACGGAGAAGAAAGAGAAUGCAGCCGCUCUGGAGGAGCUUCUCCUGGAGUAUGAGAGCCAGCAGGCAGCCAUCAACAAGACCUCAGCCCUGAAGUUGCCAGCUCUGCCUCCCCUGGUCCAGUUCCGCUCGCUGCCUCGCUUGUGCCCACACCAGCGCCACCCUCACACCAUCAACGGGCUGGCCCUCCACUCCGGCAUGUACUGCUGUUCUCGCUGCAGCCAAAAAAAAUGGCCAGAACUUCUGCUGACACCUUCUGCCCAUAGUCAUGCCCCGGACCACGCCCACAAGCAAAAUGGCGAGGCCAACAAGCCUGCCCAGGCACCGCUGCCCGGGGAGGUCACCAUUCUAUCUGUGGGCAGGUUCCAGGUGGCCCAAAUCCCAGAUCCUCUGGAUGCAAACAGCCCCGAACUGAGUGACAAUGACUCAGUGGACACGGCUCGCAUGGAGCCCGCAGAAGCGACAUCCCUCCUUGGAGUUCACUCCUCUACCUCUUCCAUCAGCCAGCGGGCGAAAAGCAAGCAGGAGAGGGGGAAACUGAUCAUAACACUGGGUGAGACUAAUCUGGUCUUUUAAAAGGUAAACUGCUAAGAAGAACGGCAUUCUGGGAGAUGGCUCACCUCUGGAAGGACUACCCAAGACCCCGAUGGCAGUGAGGGUGUGUGUGGGGGGCAGGCUGGACACUGCAGAGUUUUAAUUGCAUUUAUCACGAAAUAACCAGUUUUAAGCUUCUAAUUAGGAAGAUGGGGACUGUAAUAAUGACCUCUACAGUUGUGCUUCCAGAAGGGAACCCCCAUGUGUUCUGUACACCUCACACACCAGCUACACACCCCAGCUUGGGGGUGGGACAUUCAAGAGCAUAGGUUCGCCAUAAGUGGACAGAUGCGAACUACGAUGCGAACAACUUCGGCCGCAGCAGCUAAAACACGCCUUUCUUGUUGCAUGUUCUGUGACGGUGAGAGCCGCACCUGCCUCUGCCUUUUAACAUAAGCAAUAAGCAAUAAGACAGUGCUGGAAAUGGGUGUAAAUAUCAGGCGCAGAACGUCUUCAUCACUUUUUAAAUCAAGCCGCCGGUACUGGCUGUCCAAGAGGGACAUGCUGUGACCCAGGCUGGGAUUCCUCCUUUCACAGUCUGAUUUUGGUUCAGGUUCUUUUAAUUUUUUUAUGGGUUCUGGGAGGGAGUAAGAACUUGCAGUGGCUGCAGUUUCUGUGCAGUGGCUGACUCUCCUGAUUGGAUGAUGUCCCUCACUGUGCCUGUCCUGCGAUCUGCUCCUGCUCCGCCCUUUCUUGUUUUGGCUUAUGCAAACAAUCAGUUUUUUCCCCCUGAACUUCGACAAAAGCCUUUAUAGAAAUGUACUCAGCAGAUUCUUCAUUGCUUCGGUUCUUAACAGUUCGAUUUUGUCUAGUAUUAAAGGAGGCCUCCCGCAUCAAAGCUUUUUAUAAUAAGCUGUUUAUGUGCAAUCAUAGCAUAACUGUGUAGUGUAAGAGUAUACAGCAUUUGUGACCACCAGGGGGCAAUGUUUCAUCCUGCCACAGAUUCUCUUUUAAGCAUGAGGCCCCUGGUUGGUUUGGUUUGGGACUCCAGAGUGCGGCCACAGGGCUUGUGUGCAGCUCGGCCCGGCAAACCGUGGUGCCUGCCCCACCUGCGUGGCACGAGUGUCGGGAGCCAAACGUGAGUCUGAGGGGAAGAUGGCCACCUCCCCAGGAGCCGUCAAAGCUAACCCAUCUUUGCGGUGGAAUAAGCUUUAACAUAAAUAUCUUGCAUGAUCUCCCAAAGAUCUGCGCUGUUGGUAUUGUAUUUGGUCAUCAAGGCAAGUCCACAUUGAAGUACAGCUCUCAGUGUUUUUACUACUUACAGUAAAUCUUGUCUGCUUCAGUCAGCGGCAUGAAUCGCCACCUUACCGCGGCAUUACAGUUUGGUUAUGGCAGUUUACAUGACAUUUAUACACACAGAGAGAGGGUAUGUUCUUAUUUUUGUAUUUUACAUGUUUUUCACUUCCUUUCACAUCUGUGUCCUUAAAUGUCCUCCCUCAGGACGUGUCCAUAUGUGUCUUCUCACCCAUGUUAACUGUCAUGGUUUAAAAAACAUUUGUCUGUAUGACCUGGCAGGUCUUAUUUAUUUUAUUGCAGAUUCUUGAAAUUUGUACUCUUAAAUAAAGAACCAAUUUAUUUAAA